AUGGAUCAAGUGGAAAUUUUAGAGACUCCAGUGAAAUCGGAGGGUGAUAAGAAGGAGUAUCGACUCAUAAAACUUAAAAAUGGAUUAAAGGCAUUGCUCAUGAAGACAUAUACAGAUAGUGAAAAUCAAGAUGAUAAUCAUGCUGCCGCAUCUUUAAUGGUCGAAGUUGGAAGUUUUGAUGAGCCACGCGAGAUUGGUGGACUUGCACAUUUUUUGGAGCACAUGAUAUUUAUGGGGAAUGACAAAUAUCCAGAAGAGAGUGGAUUUAAUGAUUACGUAACAGCAAAUGGUGGUCGUCGUAAUGCAAUGACCUCGGAUGAAUUUACAUUGUAUUAUUUUGAUACUUUUGAAGAGGCAUUUCCCGAAGGUCUAGAUAGAUUUGCUCACAUGUUCAUUCAUCCAUUACUGUCUAAGAAUGCAAUGCAACGUGAACGAGAAGCAGUCGAUUCCGAAUAUCAAAUGGCAUUGUCUGGAGAAGGUGCAAGAAUCCUUGGAAUGCUCAAGCUCAUCAUUUCCGAUACACAUCAUGCCAGUCAAUUUGAUUUUGGAAAUUUGAGGACUCUUAAGGAUGAAAUUACUGAUGAUGAUCUCCAUAGAGAACUUCUGAAAUUCAUGAAAAAAUACACAGCCGAGAAAAUAAUUUUAUGUAUCCAAUCAAAAAGAAAUCUUGAUGAGCAACAAGCCAUGGUCGUUGAGAAAUUCUCAGCAAUAGCAUCUGGAACGGAACCUGUCAAACCCACUCCAGAAUUUAAUUUCUACAAAAUAACAAAGCCCGACUUUUAUUCGAGAAUUUUCCACGCAAAACCGCGUACAGGCAAGAAAGCCAUUCUAAUUACGUGGUUACUUCCACCACAAGUCGCGCACUAUAAAUGUAAACCAUUAAAUCAUGUGGCAAAAAUAUUUGAGAAUUCGGGUGAGGGUGGCAUUGCUAGUUAUUUAAAAGAUAGAAAUUUGGUUUUAAGCUUUACGCAACACAAUGAAUCGGAAGGUAUUGGAUAUAAUCGAGAAUUUUGUAUCACUCGACUUAUCAUUGAAUUGACUGAAUAUGGAUUUGAGAAUAUUGAAAAGAUCUUGGAAUCAAUAUUUUCAUACUUAUUGAUGAUUAAAAACACUCCAGUUGAAGAACAUAGAAGAUUAUUUGAACAGGAGCAAAGAUCAACGGAAGUAAGCUUCAAAUUUCAUCAAGAACAAUCACCAAUCUCAAAUGUUAGGAACUAUUGCACAAACUUCCUUCACCACAAUGAUAUUGAUGUAUUGCGUACUGAUUUAUCCACAGAAUUUAAUGAGUUUGCUAUCGAGAAUGUUAUCAAUCACAUGAAUGAGAUGCGGUUUAAUAUUUUGUUCCUCAAUGACAAAUACGAUAAUUAUACAAAGAAAGAGAAAUUUUUCGGAAGUGAAUAUGAAGACUUUGACUUCCCAGAGAGAUAUAAGAUUUUGUGGCAAGAGAGGAAAUUGAAUGACGCAUUUUAUCUUCCAAAACCAAAUCCAUUUGAAGCUACAAACUUCCAAAUUAGAAUUAAUGAAGAGGAAUCACCGAAAUAUCCUGUAAAGAUUUUGGACACACCAGCAUUUGAAGUUUGGCACAAACUUGAUAAUAAGUUCAAGUUACCGAAAGUAGAGAUUGAAAUAUCACUAAUGGCGCCUAAGCAUCUGAAUUCUGAAUAUAAUUAUCUUCUCUUCAAGUUGUUCGACAAUAUGUUUACCUAUCAUGUCCGUAAGAAGUUCUUCCAAGCAUUCAAUGCCGAACUCAACGGAUCAUUCCGCAUUUCUCGUCGUGGCUGUCAAUUCACCUUCAGCGGAUAUAACGAAAAGAUGGAAUUGUUCAUCGACAUGUUUACAAAUGAAAUCAAAAAUGUCGAUGAAAUUGUGAACGAGUCUACAUUUAAUAACUUCAAGACUGAACAAAAGGAAGAAUUUUUCAGUGCUAUGAGAGGCGUUAGACAUGUUGCUUCUGAAUACUUAGCAAAAUUAAUGAUUGACUCAUUCCACUUGGAUUAUGAUAUGUACACGGUUAUUGAUCAGAUUACGUUUGAGGAUGUGAGGAAGUUUGUUCCAAAAGUAUUGAAAAAGUUGAAGUUUAAGAUACUGGCUCAGGGAAACAUCACUAAAGCUGAAACAUUGAGCAUCGUGAAUAUUUUGGAUAAAAACUUUAGUUUUGAGACUUAUAAUGAGAAACUAGAAUUCAAAAGACGUGGCUAUCAACUUCCACUUGGAACACAUGCAAUGAGAAUAAAGUCACUUCAGCCAAAUGAUGACAAUUCUUACACAAAGAUUUACUAUCAAAUUGGGCUGAAAAAUAAGAAAAUUCACAACAUGAAUAAAAUCCUCAAGAAGAUCAUUGAUCCAAAAGUUUAUGACAUUCUUAGAAGUAAACAACAACUUGGAUAUGCAGUUGGAUGUCAAAUUGAUAGUUUUGGUGGUGUCCAAGGUGUCAGCAUAGUUGUCAUGUCUCAGGAACAUAAGCAUAAGUUUACAGCAAUCCAUUCUAAAAUUGAUGAUUUUAUGGACACCGUUGUCAUUCCAGCAAUUAAUGAAAUGUCUGAGGAAGAAUUUGAAAAGGUUAAAGAUGCAAGAGUAAAGGAACUACAACAAGAUUUGCUAGGACUUGAUGAUGAGACUUCAUUGAAUUGGGAAGAAAUUGAGAAUGAAAAUUACAUGUUCGACAAAGCUGAAGUCUUCAUAGAAGUCACAAAGCAACUGACACUUGAAGAAUUUAAAGAAUUUUUCAAUUCAUUUGCAAGUCCCGAAAAACAAAGAAAACUGUGCAUUCAAGUCAUUGGAAGUGAAGGAAGUGAUGAAAAUGUAACAACUGUUGAUGAUGUGCUGAAUGUUGAAUUUAUAUCCGAGAAGUACACCGACCAUAAUUUGAUUGUCGAUAUUGAGGCUUUCCAAAAGAAUUUACACUUAUAUCCGGUAUUAGAAAGACUUGAAUGAUUGAGUUAUAUUUUAUGAUAUUUAAUGGAAAUAAAAAAUUGAUUAAUUCUGUUUGAAAAUCAUUUGAAUAGUUUUUAGUGGCUUUUAGUCAUCAUGUAAAUGUAAACAAAAAAGAAAGUCAUUUUAGUGAAUAAUUUUGACAUUAUUACAAGCUAA